UCAUCGGCCCUCUCUCCAGCCCUCAGAAGCUAAGCGCUGCUGUCUAGAACCGGCUUCAACUUACCAUCUUACAAUCAUGUCCGAAGCAGCUAUCUCCUUCGCCAAGGACUUUUUGGCCGGUGGCGUGGCCGCAGCUAUCUCUAAGACCGCUGUAGCACCUAUUGAAAGAGUCAAGCUUCUGCUGCAAGUCCAACAUGCAAGCAAACAGAUCACAGUAGACAAGCAGUAUAAGGGCAUUAUAGACUGUGUUGUUCGUAUCCCCAAAGAACAAGGUUUUCUGUCUUUUUGGCGUGGUAAUCUUGCCAAUGUGAUCAGAUAUUUCCCAACCCAGGCCCUCAACUUUGCCUUCAAAGACAAAUACAAGAAGAUCUUCCUGGAUAACGUUGACAAGAGGACCCAGUUCUGGCGUUACUUUGCUGGAAACCUGGCAUCUGGUGGAGCUGCUGGUGCUACCUCCCUCUGUUUCGUCUACCCUCUUGACUUUGCCAGAACCCGUCUGGCUGCUGAUGUUGGAAAGGCUGGAGCUGGGCGAGAAUUCAAUGGCCUUGGAGACUGCUUAGUCAAGAUCUUUAGGUCUGAUGGUCUCAAGGGUCUCUACCAAGGUUUCAAUGUAUCUGUUCAGGGCAUCAUCAUUUACAGAGCAGCAUACUUUGGAAUCUAUGACACAGCUAAAGGCAUGCUUCCAGACCCAAAGAACACACACAUUAUCAUCAGCUGGAUGAUUGCUCAAUCUGUAACGGCAGUGGCUGGCUUUGCAUCCUAUCCCUUUGACACUGUUCGUCGUCGUAUGAUGAUGCAGUCGGGAAGGAAAGGAGCGGAUAUCAUGUACUCUGGAACAAUUGACUGCUGGAAGAAGAUCGCUCGUGAUGAGGGCUCCAAGGCUUUCUUCAAGGGGGCCUGGUCCAAUGUACUAAGAGGAAUGGGCGGUGCUUUUGUGCUAGUGUUGUAUGAUGAGAUGAAGAAAUAUAUCUAAAUGUGUCAAGUUUAGAUGUCUCCAUGACCUGGCAUGCUGUAUUAUAUACCAUACCCUCAACAUCCAUGGACUUUUUUGUCAAACACACCUUUAUUUAUAAAAAUACAACUGGUAAUACUUUACUGGUUUUAAUAUUCUGGGAAUCAAUUCAACUACAUCUUGGGGAUCAAACCUACUGCACCUCCAACUUAAGAUAUUAACAUUAAUCAUUCCCUUUGUCUGUUUACUGCCAUUGGUGUUUAUAAUGUAGUUUGGCAUUUGCAUAUACUUCUCUGGCAGUGACUGGACAUAACAUUAUGGGACUCAACGCUCCUUUAUUUUUUUUAUUUCAGUCAUUCAUGGUUUUUAAGUAUCUUAGGUUUGAGGAAAUAAAAAAGAAAAUAUGGAUCUA